ACCUUGCGCCCCGCCCCGUGGGCACGGCGGCGUGAUGCGUCGUUGCCAUGGCAGCGGACUGGGCGCCCCGCUAAGGGUUCAAGGGAUCCUAGGGGCCGCCGGCGCUCUUGGGGAGGUUCUGUGAGGCGACUAAGCACAGAGCUGAGGCUGCGACGCCGGAGACAGGGAUGGGAGGGCCGCUUGCGGCCAGCACUGUACCUGAACCAGGAAGCCAGGAGCCAGAAAGCCAGGCACCUGCAAGAGCCCCAAGCCUUACAGCCUAGCUCACAAACAGAACAUAGUCCCUCACUACAGCUUCAUGGGCAAACAUCUGUGAGAGCCACAGCACUUUGGCUGGCCAUGGCUCCUCUCUCAACUCCAGGAGCUGUGGGGAUGGCACACCUGCUAGGCAGCCAGGCUUGCAUGGAUAGCCUGCGCCAGGACCUCACCGACCUGCAGGGCACCAUUGUGGAUGUGUUCUCCCGUGCUGGGCCCGUGCGCUUCCCCUCCUGGAAGUUCCCUGACCGUGUAGCCUGUGACCUUGACAUGGUGGCACUUCUGGAGCACUAUGACCACGUGCCAGGGGACCCUGAGUUCACCCAGUUGUCCCACGCUGUGCUGCUGGAGCUGGUCAUUGACAGGCUCUUGCUGUUGCUUCAGAGCUGCGCCAGCUACAUGGAAAACCUCAGUUUGGAGCAGAUGAUGCCUCCUGCCCGGGCUGCAGGACCAUGCAUGUCUGUGGGGCUCACAGUCCGGCGCUUCUGGAGCAACCUGUCAAGGCUGGGUAUGCUCUACCAGCAGGCAGUCCCCCAGAAAAGAGCAAACCAAGGGGAGAUGCCCACCAGCAAGCCUACGGCUAAGGGAGAACCAUCCAGGAGCCCUGAAUGUAUGACUGCCAAGUUCAUCAAGCCCCCCUCCCCGGUGCCAGGCUUGCCUCUGAUCUGCCCAGGGCUGCAGAGCAUCCCCAUCAGAGUCUCCCUGCGGAGCCCAGCUGGGGCCUCUGAGAAGACCAAGAGCAUCCACUCCCAGACCAUUGAGACAGCCUUGGUGCCCUGUGAUGCUUGCACCAGUGUCCAGGGCAGCCUGUGGGAGGUGGGCAAGGUGGUUAUCAGCCUGUGUCAGAGCCAAAACCUGCCUUCGUCCUUGGGCCAGUUCCAGAAGUUGGUGCAGGACAGCAUGGGACUUAAGCCACUGCCAGCUGCCACCAUGGGCCACUGGGCAGCAGAGCAAAGCAAAGAUCUGACUCGUCUCAAUAAGCACAUGGGGACCCUCACCCAACUUGUUGGGCCCCUCAGGACCCAGCUGGAAGAGGCUGAAGGACAGAAGGAUGGACUGAGGAAGCAGGUGGGCAAGCUGGAGCAAGCCCUGGUGCAGGAGCAGGAAGAGCGGCAGCGGCAGACAGAGGAGGCAGAGCAGAACCUGGCCAAGUGUGAGCGUGACAGGCAACAGCUGCUCACAGAAACAUGUGACCUAAAGACAAAGGUGGCCACUCUGGAGGGAAACCUGAAGCAGCAGCAGAAGUCCAUGCAGGCCAUGGAGACAAAGGCCCGGCAGCUGGAGGAGGAAGGGGAGCGCAGGGUGGCAGCUGAGAAGCAGGUGCAACAGCUGGAGGAGCAGGUACAGCUGUUGGCAGGGCGGCUGGAUGGGGCUGGCCAGCAGAUCCGCUGGGCCAGCACAGAGCUGGACAAGGAGAAGGCCCGAGUCGACAGCAUGGUCCGUCAUCAGGAGUCCUUGCAGGCCAAACAGAGGACCUUGCUACAGCAACUGGACUGUCUGGACCAGGAGCGGGAAGAGCUACGGGGAAAUCUGGAUGAAGCUGAGGCCCGGCAGGCUGAGAUGGAGGAGCAGCUGCAGAGCCUCCAGAGCGAUAAGGAACAGGGACAGUGCCAACUAAAGGCCCAGCAGGAAUUGCUGCAGAGCCUGCAGCAGGAGAAACAGGACCUGGAGCAGGUGACUACAGACCUGCAGCUGACCAUCUCAGAGCUGCACCGGGAGCUAGAGGAGCUGAAGGGACGGGAGCGACUGCUGGUGACUUUCCCAGACCUGCACCAGCCAGCGGAGGCCCAUAUCCAAAACUCUGGCAAUGUCACCCAAGACAUGGAGAGGCAAGUGCAAGCCAAUGAUAUCCGUAUCCAGGUCCUACAGGAGGAGAACCGGCGGCUCCAGUCUAUGCUGACCAAAAUCCGAGAGGUGGCCCAACAGGGAGGCCUCAAGAUGGUCCCACAGGGCCAGCUCUGGUCCCCUCCCUACAAAGGCACCCAGGGGGCAACACCCCCAGCCCAGGCUCAGAAUGCAUCCUCAGGGCCCACAGGCAGACGGCAUUCUCCUGGCAACAGGACAAGCAGUACAGGCAAGACACAUCCGGGCGGGCCCCGAGCAUCCCCGUCUCGGCAGCCCUUCAGCUGGCCCAGCAAGUCCCCUUUGGAAGAUGGAACCCAUUCAGCCACCUGCACCCAGAACCCCAUGCGGGCCUUGGCCAGGCUGAGGAGGAAACUCUCACCCAACAGAGGUCAGGCUGGUUUUUCAUACCAGCCUGAGGAGCGUCCCAUGUAGCCCGCAGCAGCAGUAGGGCUGAAGGGCAGGUGGCUAGCAACUCCUCACAGAAUAAAAACCCCAGCCAUCUGCCCGCACUGAUCUUGGCUUCAGCGUGGCUGAGCUAGGGGAAAAGACCUUUCCUCUUUGUUGGGUAAGGACCUCUGUGAUCCCACCAUGUAGGUUGCUGGCCAAUAGAGGCUUGGCACUGAGUGGGAGCUUCCUGUUUCCUUCCUGACAGAUGCUGUGGGAGAGCACACUGAGGGCAGCACCUGGGCCAAGUGUCCCAUAGAAAGGGCUGAGGGGUAAUCCUGGAUUCACUGACCAGCACUCAGGCUAGGGCUUGGGGUGCUAAGGUGCACCUGAAAUAAGGAGCCAGAGGCCAGGAGCUUACUUCUGCCUCAGCAAGGUGGGCAGAGAAGAGCACUGCCUUUGCCUUCCACUCUGGCUCUGCAUCUGUUCCUUUAGAACUACUCACAGGUCCCCCCCUAAGUCCUAGAGGUCAA